GCAAAGCCCAGGGUGGGGAAAGAUUGCGCAACGACAGCCAGGGCGUAUCGCGUACCGCGUAAUUUGGCGCACCUUGCGCGGACAGCGGGCAUUGAACAAAGCCGACGGCAACACCGCGCUGAAGGAUAAAAACGACCAAGCUGCUGUCCAGGACGGGAGCCCGACAUCGCCGCCUGAUAAACAAGAAAAAGAAAAAAAGGACAGUUGUCGCACAGCCUGCCGCUGCUGAGCUUAUGAUCUUCAUUCCACAUUAAUCUCUCUUCUUAAUCCACGUCGUCUCUCUGUCUCUCCUUCGUCCUCCACACCCAGCAGCCGACUCGGGCCGAGCAUCAUCAGCGUCGCCACCACACCACCACAGAGCGUGUCCAAGAUGCCGGGCACGUCGCGCAUACCCCAGAGCUUGAGGGACAGCCUCAGCAAUGUCAAGAGGAGGAGCCCGAGCAGCCCCAUGCAGCUGCUGAAUGUCGACCUGCUCCGCAACAUAAUAUUCAUCCUCUUCUGCUUGCGAUGGACGCGGCGCGCGUUCUGGCAGCUCCGCGGGCGGGGCCCCAUCGGCAGCCUCAUCGAGCUGUACGCAGCGCUGCGCGUGACGGCCUACGGCUGGUUCCUGCGCGCGCCGGGCGUGCGGUCCAAGGUGCGGGCGCAGGUGGACGAGGCCGUGGCCAAGCUGAGCACCAAGAUGGUGCCCGCCAUGGCCACGCGCCACCUGGCCCUGCCCAAGGAGGGGUGGACCGAGGACGCGGUCCGGGCCGAGCUCGAGAGCCUCGCAAACAUGGACCACACGCGCUGGGAGGAGGGCUACGUCUCGGGCGCCGUCUACCACGGCGAGGACGCGCUGCUGCGCCUGCAGACGGACGCCUACGGCAAGUUCACCGUCGCCAACCCCAUCCACCCGGACGUGUUCCCCGGCGUGCGCAAGAUGGAGGCCGAGAUCGUCGCCAUGGUGCUGUCGCUCUUCAGCGCCCCCGUCGGCGCUGCCGGCUGCACUACUAGCGGAGGCACUGAGAGCAUCUUGAUGGCCGUCCUGAGCGCCCGCCAAAAGGCCUACAACGAGAGGGGCGUGACAGAGCCUGAGAUGGUCAUCCCCGAGACCGCCCACACUGCGUUCCACAAGGCGGCCGACUACUUCAAGAUCAAGCUGCACCUCGUGGCCUGCCCGGCGCCCAACUACCAGGUCGACGUCGCGGCCAUGGCGCGCCUCAUCAACCCCAACACCGUCAUCCUCGUCGGCUCGGCCCCCAACUUCCCGCACGGCAUCAUGGACGACAUCGCUGCCAUCUCCCGCCUGGCCCUCCGCCGCCGCAUCCCGCUGCACGUCGACUGCUGCCUCGGCUCGUUCCUCGUCCCCUUCCUCGAGCGCGCCGGGUUCGAGACGCAGCCGUUCGACUUCCGCCUCAAGGGCGUCACGUCCAUCAGCUGCGACACGCACAAGUACGGCUUCGCGCCAAAGGGCAACAGCACCGUCCUGUACCGCACCGCCGAGCUGCGCAAGUACCAGUACUUUGUCAGCCCGGACUGGUCCGGCGGCGUCUACGCCUCGCCCGGCGUCGCCGGCUCCCGCCCGGGCGCCCUCAUCGCCGGCUGCUGGGCCUCGCUCAUGUCGGUCGGCGAGUCGGGCUACCUCGAGGGCUGCGUCGAGAUCGUGGGCGCCGCCAAGCGCCUGGCCGACCGCAUCGCCUCCUCCCCGGUCCUGGCCGCCGAGCUCGAGGUCAUGGGCCGCCCGCUCGUGUCCGUCGUGGCCUUUAAGGCCCGCAACCUCAACAUCUACGACAUCGCCGACGCCAUGUCGGAGCGCGGCUGGCACCUCAACGCCCUCCAGAACCCGCCCGCCAUGCACGUCGCCUUCACGAAGCCCACCGCCCAGGCCUGGGAGCGCCUCGCCGUCGACCUCGAGGCCGCCGUCGAGGCCGAGCGCGAGAAGGAGCGCGCCCGCAUCGCCGAGGGCAAGGGCGCAAAGGGCGCCGCCGUCGGCGACGCCGCCGCCCUGUACGGCGUCGCCGGCAGCCUGCCCAACAAGAGCGUCGUCGUCGACCUGGCCACGGGCUUCCUGGACCUGCUGUACAAGGCCUAAGGGGAGGGCUGUACUACUGGCGGCCUCGUGGAGCUGUGGCGAGAUUGGGAAAUGGUGCAUUCCGGCGCUGUGAUUGGCAGGUUGGUUGGUUGGGUUGUCUUGAUUUUCACAUGCUACGGUACGGCCGAGGGAGGAGGGGUGGUGCCAUCUCCCUGUAUCCUCCCAACAUUUUCCCUUUUUUUUCUUCUAUCUUUUGCCAUUCCAUACUUGAUUUUUCCUUAUGUCUGGGUUCCCAGCAUCACAACGGCGUUUUCUUGGUUUAUUUCAAGGGCAUAUAUCUGGUAGCCUGCCGUUUCUCUUCCUUUGUACCUACCUACCUACCUGUGUUACUGCCAUAUCUUUCACAACAUACCACGACGUAUUUCAGCGUGCGCGUCACCUGCUUCAAGCCGUGCUCGAAUCUGUUACAUCACAAUCCGACUAGACCACUGCUAAAACACAACAUCACAACUCUAAUUUGCUCGCUAAAGCAAUCUUUGGGCCUG